CUCUUGGCAUCCUGAAGGCAGAGAUGAUCCUGGUACAGACUGCUAUCUUCUUGGUUUUGGCCAGAGACCCUCACAGAGACAGAAAACACCUGGCUAAAUCUUUUGGCCGGGACGGAUGGACUAGCACUUUAGAUAAAGAGAUGAAGGAGGGGCAGGACUUCUCGCUUGUUUUUCAUUCACAAUUGACAUUUGGGGCUCCUGGCUGCUGUGCAAAGAUGAGUAUAACCACAUUUCCAACUGAGCCUAGUGUAAUGUCUCUGCCCCUGCCAAGAGACUCAGACCUGAGAUCUGAGUAGAAGAUGGGAAAUGAUGGACUUAGUCGACGAAGGGAAUUCUGCCUUCUCUAGAAUCUCCAGAAAAGGGGAUUUGGGAGGCUCCUCAGAAUUAAGCCUGGAAGGGAAGUUCACCCAACUGAUGCAAAGAGUGGGAGAUAAAGGUACUAUAGUCAAAUGAGACAUCUGCAAUAUACUUUGAAAAGUACUUUAGAUAGACUUCAUGACUGCAUCAAAAGUAGCAGCAUCAACAACUAUCAUCUGCUGGGGUUCAAGAGGAUACUCAAUGUCCUGAAUUUAGUCCUGAGCCUGCAACCUGCUGGGCAGAGGCAAUCUGUUCAAUCCUUGGAACUUCCAGCUGAGCUGACUACAUAAGGUAUUUGGUAUAAUGGGUCCUUACAUAAGGCAACUUUUCUUUAGGUGCAAUUGCUUUCCUACUGACGGUUUCUAUCCUCCUGGGCCUUACCCUCAAACUGCCUGCUGCCUGUUUGAACAGGGCAGAUAGCACAAUACAAGCUGGUACUCUAGCAACUGUUAAAAUCUAUUGUAGGACAUAUAGCACGGAGAGAAAAACUAGCCAUUCACUUCACUCUAUGCUAUUCAUAUCAGAGAGAACACGGAAAAUACUCUCUCGGCCAGCAUCCUCCCCUUAACUAAAAGAUGGUGUGUGUGCAUCCGAAAUGGGGGUGGGGUGAAGAAUGGAGUCUGGCUUUCCAACAGCAACAAAGUUACAAUGGUUCAUAGCACUCCACAGCUGCAAGGCAGGGUCAAGGCCUUUUGGAUCUGUGGAAUGGGUGGACUGUGCUGGUCCAGCGUGGGGGCCAGUCCUGGGCUCUGACGCCUGCAGAGUCUUUCCGAUGUGACUUUAUUAUAUGAACCCCCACUGCUGCCGGGGGUAGGCACACAGAGGGGAGUGUAUGCUUUAGGAAGAUUUCUACAACAUGACAGUGCAAUUUAAAAUCUGGGUUCUCCUUUUCUGAGCUAGGACCCAAACUCGUCCUGAGACAGGCGAAGGCGCUUUAGGCAAACGACUGCAGGAGCUGGAGAAGGCUCCCGGUGCUGGCGGGGAGCUUCCCAGCCGUGACCACGAGCCGCCAGCAGGUGUCAGUGCAUCCUCGCUUUGUCGCGGCGCAAGGCCUCCGCCUCCAGGACCCCUCCCCACCGAGGCCUAAGGAGGCGCGGUCCAGACCUCUGGCCGCUCCGGUCCCGGAGACAGCUCUGCGGCUGGCACAACACGUGGUCACCCUCCUCUGAGCGGAGCUCUGAACUCUGGCGGGGGACACUCCGCAGGAGGCGCUUCCCGUUCCGCCCCAGGGGGUCAAUCUGAACCUGCGUCUUCCUGUCUCGCCAGAACUCCACUCUCCCCGGCGGCCAGCAGCACUUGCGGACGAGGGCGGCCCAGCCCCGGGCAGGGUUGCUCCGGAUGCGAACCUUACGGGUGGAUGCUUCUCCAGAUUCAUAUCAGGGGUCUCCAACCCCCUUUCCUCCCAGGACUCAGCUCGAUGGUGGCACUCCCGGGUGCCUGCGGCUUUCUGCUUUGCGGGCCCGUAGCUGCUCGUCCAAUUCCCAGCAGGGGCCGCUUCCCACUCCCGGGACACGCUCUUUAAACCCCGCGCUCAAGGCACCCGCCUUUCUAAAGGGCACGUCCCGGCAGGGAGGCAGGCAGUGCUCCCCUGAGUCCCUCGCGGGGCGCGGGCGCUGGACCCGCAGAGGGGAGGUGCAAGGGGCGGGGGAGGGUCGGCUUCCCACGUGGGGGCUGACGCCGGCUGCUCGGCAACGCCGGCUUGAUCCCGGGGCUAUAAAACCGGUCCACGGUGAGCGCGGCGGAGCAGCGGCAGCUCCGGCUUCAGUGCAGACGGCCAGCAGCCGGCGCGUUGCCGCCCGGCCACCCCCAGCACCUGCUCCCCUCAGCCCUGCACUCCUGCCCCAACUCACGCUGCCCUGGGACCCUAGCCUGUCCGGUUGCGCUCAGCGCCCUCAGAGCACCGGGCCGACGCCCAAGAGACCCUCUGACUCGGCCAGGGCUCCUGGAGGGCCGAUCGCCCACCCGCCCCGGCCCGCUUAAGGACGGGGGCGCCUUCAUGCGGCCCCCACACCCUUCACCCCGCCGCAGCCACCGCCUCGGAGCUCCGCGCGCCGCGCCCCAGCCUCAGCAGGGCACGCAACUUUGGAAGUCCCGCCGCGCUCCGAGAGGCGGCAGAGUCCGCUGCUCAGCCCCAGCCCAGUCCCCGCCGGCCCCGCCGCGUCUGGGGGAAGCAGGAGAGCUGGGAAUCGCUUCGGGGAUGUAAGGAGACAGACAUAGGAACCCAAGCCCGCAACAGCACCCCUCCGCUGCCCCCCGGGGUGGGGGCGGGCCCCGCACACGGUAAGACCUCUUGCUUUCGCUCAAGCUCAAGAGUCAAGAUAUAGAUAGAUGAUAGAUAAGAUAGAUAGAUAGUUUUAAAUUUCCUGUUAUCCCUCCAAGUCAUGAGGCCAGCGAUGAUAUUUGUUCUCUCUUCUUGAAGAAUAGAUCUUUUUCCCCAUCGGCCCUACCUAUUUUCUCCCGCCGCUUAGAAAUAAAACUUGGCUGUGU